UGUAAGAAAGAAUGUGGUAUCAGUUUUCUUUUUUGAUACAGUUUGUAAUGUUGAAGGUGAUGUUGAGGAGGCCUUAGCCCUCGAGUUUGAAUUCAGGUCACUCCCUUUUUUUUUUUAUAAAUACUUUAAAAAAGCUAUCACCCAGAUACCCCCCUUUUUUUCCCCCCGUAAUCCUUUCCAAGUGAUAGGAUCAUAGUGUAUUGGAAAAGCUAAAAGCAUGUAAUUGUGCUAAAAGCAUGUAAUUGCGCUAAACAAAAACAAUAGCUAAAAAUAUUUGUAAUCGCACAGAUUUAUAAUUGUUAGUUUAGAUCUAUUACAAAUUUAAUUACAUGACUGAUCCAAACUAAUUGAUACACAUUAUUAUAAGCUUUGUUUUUUUAAAAAGUAAUUUUCUGUAUUUUUCUUCUUCCUUGAGACUCUAUCAUACUGUGCUAGGUAUACAUGAUUACUAAGUCAGUGCAUUCCAAUAAGUGCUGCUCAUUGAGCCCUAUAGCCCUAUGUAAAUGAAGACACAAUUCUGAUACUGCUUUUCUUGUUCACUCCACUUUGCUAUCACUGCAUCUAUAAUGAUUUAAUACCCUCAUCUCUUAAUGAACUGAUUGCUUUCUAUGUCCCUUGGACAACUACUUUUCAUGGACUUCUAGUUUCUCGAUGUUUCUCUCUCAAGGCCUAAGUGCCUUUUCAGUACAUGGACCAAAGGUUGGACCAACAGUUGUAGCUCAGGGAGUCUACAUGCAUCACUACAUACAUCUUUACAUGCAUCAUUAUAUUUAAGAAUAACAUUUUGACAUUCCCAUUCACAUUUUGAAAGCUACUUGAGCCUACAUUGUGUUUAUUAACAGUAUUAUAUAAAUAAUGACAUCAUUAUUAAUAUUGUAGAAAGGAACUAAUUCUCACUCUCUGGCACUGCCAGGGUUGAGCUUCAUGAAAGGGAAACAAAAUUCAUUAUAUUCCCCUUAACCCUCAAAAUGCGUGGGGCCACGAUCGUGGCUUGGUGUAAACAGAAAUUAUAAGGCGUGAGGCCACGAUCGUGGCUUCGUUUAUAUACGGUCGUUUCUUUCGUAUUUUCUCUGUAAUUAGUUGCAAAACCGUACAUAUCCGUUUACUUCCUUCACUUCCGACUUUGAAUUUGCAAAGGACGCCAAGUUAAUUUCUUUCUAGACGAUUUUAAUCAAUCAAAAAUGAGUAGUGACAGUCAAGUUAAUUUUCCAAAUCUGAAUAAAGACAACCUAACUGACGAUGAAUUUAUGGAUUCUGAUUUAGAUGAAGAUUUAUCUGGUAAGUGCAAAUUAUACGGAUAAUUAGAUCUAGAUCUAAAUAUAGGCAAUAUUCUUCACGUGUAGCGAUCUUUUUUUUUUUUUUUAACAAAUGUUUUUAUCCAUAGAUUAUUUUAAUUUGGGGUGACUAAAAGGGACGUGGCACCUCAAAGUGUUUGUUUACAUUAUUAGAUUAGAUCAAUAUUUGAAAAUUAGUAGGCUUUAAUUUAAAAUAUUAGUGAUAUUACUAAUAUUAGAUCUAAUAGUAAUAGAUCUAGGUCCUAAGUCUAAGUCAAUCUGUAAUAUAAUAAUUUCAGUAUAAUUAGUCUAGAUCUAUAUCUUAUGAUAAUUUUUUUUUCUUUCUCUUCAGAAUCAGAUGAGGCAGAAUCUUUUACAACCUCUGCUGAAGAAUGGACACCUGUUGAUGAUCAUGAUUGUGGUCCCAGGCCAGUUUUAUUUACAGCCCAACCAGGCCCAAAACAUGCACCAGCUCCAGAUGCAAAGCCUGUGGACUAUGUCAACCUUUUUUUGACAUCGUCAAUUUGGUUGUAAACGAAACCAAUAAGUACUCCAGGCAAUUCAUCUAAGAUAACCAUGAAAACCUGGAAACUACGCCAAGAUCUCGUGUCCACAAAUGGAAGAGUUUAGGGCAUUUUUAGGUGUGACAAUGAACAUGGGAUUAAAUAAAAAGCCCAACUAUAACGCUUAUUUGGACUCCUGCAAUCUGAGCCAAGAAACACCUUGGUUCCCUGUUCACAUGAACCGAGAUCAGUAUCAGAUUAUUCUAAAAUUUCUUCAUUUCGCUGACAACACGCUGUUACCAGAUAGAAAUGAUCUUGGUUUCAAGCUUUUCAAGGUGCAAGAACUUAUAAAGUAUUUCAAUGCUAAAUUUAAAUGCUUUUACCACCCCACUAAAAAUGUCAGCAUUGACGAAAGUAUGAUUGGGUUUAAAGGAAAAAAACCCUCAUAUCCGCCAGUUUAUGCCUAACAAGAGGCAUGCCAGAUUUGGAAUUAAGAUGUGGUGUUUAUCAGACAGUGCUAAUGGCUAUCUUUGCCAGUUUGAAAUAUAUGAGGGCAGUCAAGGAAGAAGAAUCGGCAAUGGCAGGUCUUAUACACAUGAGCUUAUUAUUAGGCUUAUGACUGCAGCCGGUCUGUUAAACAGAGGACACCACUUAGGGAUAGACAAUUUUUUUACCUCCAUAGAAUUAUUGGAAGAACUUUUCACUGAAAACACUACAGCUACAGGAACUGUUAGAUCUAACAGAAAAGGGCUACCAGAUGUUUGUGUAAAAACUAAAUUAAAAAACAAGGAGCUCAUCGCAGCCAGAAAUCUGCUUUGCUUGGCUUACCAGGAUAAUAGCAGAAAGCCAAUCUUGCUGUCUACUGCUAGUAAAGCUGGUCUCAUUGAUACAGUAAACAGCAGGAAACAACCUGUAAGAAGACCUGCUGUGAUUCAUGCAUAUAACCAGGCCAUGGGUGGUGUUGACUUAGGCGACGAAAAACUUUACAAGUAUAUGGCUGAGCGCAGAAGCUUGAAAUGGACAAAUAAAGUUUUUUUUUCCCUAUUUGGAAGAGCUAUUCUAAAUAGCUAUAUAAUCUACCAUAGCAACACAUCAGACAGACCAAAGCUCUCAAGGUACAAUUUGAUCGUGUCUGCACUAGAGAGCAUGACAUCAAACUUUGUUCCCCAAAAAGUGAUACGUAGAAAACGCACUAGAACAGAGAUGGAGGCUGCAAGAAUGGGUCCAACACCACUAACCCAGACUGUAGCAGGUCAUCCACUUGAUGGACAUGAUCUUAGCAAACUGCCAGUGGGGAAAAAACAACAGUGUGUUGCUGGUCAUCCAACUCGUGUCAGAACUGGGUGGGAGUGCUCAGGAUGCAAAGUUGGACUGUGUCCUGAGUGUUUUGCUAAAUAUCACAGACAGUUGUAAAUAAUCAUUCUUUCUACUUUUACAACUCUUGUAUAUAUGUGUGUAUAUAUAUUUUUCUUAAAAUUUUCUAAAUGUGGUGUUUUUUUUCAAGUUUUAUUAGUUGUGAUUCUCACGGAUUAAAUUUUUAUUGUGCUUUUUUAAAAAAUGGUUUGUAUUAUUUUUUAAAAUAAUUUUUUAUUUUUUAUAAAUAUAUGUUAAUUGUCUGGACUUAAUUAAAUUCCUUAUUCAAUUAGCUUUUCAAAAAUGUAUAGGUUCAAUAGGCUACUAUGCAUAGAUUAGCUACUAAAAGAAAAAUAAGCAAGUGGGUAUCCAAUGUUUGUAAACACAAGAAUUUUAAUCCCACUUUUCAAUGCACUCUCUAUAAAAUAGCUGAGCAUUUGAAGGAUUAACAGUGUCCACUGAGAAAUUUUCAGAUGAUGUGGCACGUCUGCAGCAGUAUUGCCUCUGACUGGUAACUAGAAUCUUCUUAGGGAGGUUUAGGACUUUGAAUAGUUUGUGAGGUCAGUUGUCACUAUCCCCUAGGUUGAUAUAACAAUAGGGUAUAUUGUUUUUUUAGAUCACUUCCAUAGUUGCCUAAUCUCUAAUCUUAGGUUUUCAUAUUAUUAUUAAUAUUAGUAGUAGUAGUAUUGGUAUUCAUGUGUGCUGAAAUGAAAGUUUUCUAUUUUAAUACAAGAGACUUAUGUAGUGUCAUAUUGACUAGUUUUAUCUUUUUUUUUUCAAAGUAAUCAUUUUGGUCCAGUUGCCUGCACACGAAUAUGUAACAACAACAUUAUAUAGACACAUAUGUGCCAAAUUGAUCCAAAAUUUUCACUCUAUAAAACAAUGCUUUAUACCAGGUAAUACAUACAUUUACUCUAGAUGUCUGGUAUGACCAGGUCUCUGAGCUCUUUCCUUGACCAGUCCAUGUUUUCAUUGCCACAUUGUUGAGCUGCUGUACUCAUGAUAAAACCUUUAAAGUUAUUGUGUGGUUUCUUUUUUUUUUAGUAUGUUUUCGGCCUGAUUUUUUGUUAGUUCAUGUCUUUCUUCAAUGCAAUAAAAUAAUAUUUUGUGUUUCUUUUU